UCCGCUCAGGAGCGCGGCUGGAAAAUACGGACCGCCGCUCCUGAAAAGGGAAAUGUCUAACAGAUGAUUGGCCCCGUGCCCGCCCGCUCCACUUCUGCUGCGCGCUAAACGCAGCUCCUCUGACCAAAACCAGACACACACACUCAAGGCACCAGGGAAGCAUUGCUGCUGGGACGGGACGCGACUGAUCCUGCAUGAGCAAAAAGCUGCUUCUGUUUAUUCCGAGGAAUGGGGCGACGCUGUUGGUGUCCGCUGACGUUAACAAGCCCAGUUCAAAGCAAACGCUGCAACGUCGCACCGUCUGCCGGUGAGGUCACUGUGGCACAAAGCAAAGCGACCUGCGCGGACACGCAACGGAGAUUCCGUCACAUCACAGCGGCUUUGUUCGCGCGCUGAUUGACUGCUUGGCUUUGGAUUUGAUUUUUUCCCAGUAGAACCUUAUCGAUUAUUGCAAGUCAGAAGGGCUCGCGCUGAUGGAUCGUGGAUAAGUAGUUCUUGAUGAACCGAGCGGGACUACAGCAGCGGAACCCAGAGGAGAAAACGAGAGCGCGUCCAUAACGACACAUCUGAUUCAAUAAAACAACACAUAUCGACUUAGUCAUCAUUACAGUUAAAGGACUGAGGUGAAACUAUGGCUUUGGUCCUAUCAAUGAACCCCUUUUGUGAGCCUGAAGCCGAAGCCCCACCAUCAAUCUAUCAACCAAUCUGGGAAUCUGAGCAUUGCAGUAAAAGCUGUAUCUCCACCCCCACACCACCAGGGGGUGACACCCAAGGGCUCAUUGAAGAGCCCCAUUACAGACGAGUUCCUGAUCAUGUGAUGGAUCGUGUGGCCCUGUCACGGAUCUCUUAUUUCAAGAGGAAGUUUGUGGAGGAUGAAGAGCCUGUACUGAGCUUCAGGAGUUACUGUCACACUCAGGUGUCACCGGUCUUAGAGGAGCGCGCACACAUUCUCCGUCUCUCUCUUGAGAAGCUGCGUUUCAUGGAUGACCCCGAGUCCUUCUUACGGCGCUCCGUGCUCAUCAACAACCUUCUCCGUCGUCUCAGAAACGAAAUCCUCCUCCAGAGUGACUGGUGCUUCCCAUCAGGUCCCACAGCAACACCUUGUCCCCUCCAAACCCCUGCCACAAAUACCCCUCUUCCCCCUUCUGCCCUGCAGCCCUGCAUUACACCGCCCGGGCCGUACCGCAAACGCCUGCGUCUGCUGAGGAGGGAAGGGCCGGAGUGUGUCCCAGCCUGCUGCUGUUUAUACGCAGCUGGCCGUUACCUCCAGCUCCCCCUGUCUGUGUACGAACGGGACAUAUAUUCCAACUCUCACCCUUCUUCUUCUUCUUCUUCUUCAUCAUCAACUUCAGUAAGAUUUCCACAGCUGCUGGAGGAGGAGGAGGAGGAGGAGGAGGAGGACAGUGAUGAAGAAGAGGACUCUGUGUGUCCUAUGUUGGCUCUGUGUCAAGCUGAAACCAGAGAGCAGAACAGGACGUGUGAUGGUCUGCGGCCACAGAGCCACAGGGAAGACAAGACCCUGGAGAAAGAGAAAGAAAAGGGGAAGGAGAGGGCUAGAGGAGGGGAGGUUUCACAGCGAUGGCUUUCAGACGCUAUAGGUUCUGGACACCCUGGGUCUCUCGCCAGGGCUCACGUGAGGGGAAAAUAACAACCGAACACUUGCUGUGGAAACAAAGGGAGAAACUGGUUUCCAGCAGCCUUAUAGAUCCAUUAUACAAACCAGAAUAUCAGUGGUCAAUGUUUUUUGGUACUUUUUGUACUUCUGGAUUACGCACCACCACAAAUCAAAAGGGACAGCGAAUUCACAUAUUGCUCGUCUCUUGCGAAAACUACCAUACUGUGCCUUAAAUGUUCUUGUUUAAUCUGUUUGAUGUGUUCAUGGAUAUUUGUGACUGAACCAGUUUAAUCCAUAAAGAAGUAUGGAAGCUUGUUUCCAAAAACGUGAACUGCAAGGUAUAAACUCACAAUUGUGGUUUAAAAAAUUGAAUUGUAAAAUAAGAAGUCACAAUUACCUUUUUAUUUUUUUUAUUUCAUGGCAGAAAAAAAAAGAAUUGCGAGAUAUAAACUCGGAAUUCUAAUACAAAAGUCAGAAUUGUGAGAUAUAAAGGUCAGAGUUUAUAUCUUGCAGUUCUGACUUUUUUCUAAUUAAAAGUAUAUAUCUCACAAUUCUGUUUAUAUCUUGCAAUUCUGCAAUUUUAUUUAUUCCGUAGCAGAAAUGGUCUUUCAUAGUGAUGGGCACCGUGUGAAAAAAGAUUCACACUCAUUCAGAAUUUGUAAAGAAAAAAUCAUAAUAAUAAUAAAAAAAAAAUGUUCGAAAUUUAAUUUUGUUAAUGUCAUAGGCACUUGCGAAAUGCAUGACCUGGGUUGCUGUCCAUGACGAUCAUCACAUUUACAUGCAGUGGAUUUUAGCCAAAAUGCAUGAGGCCCUGAAGGUGGCCAUAAUGUUCAAUACAAUUCUUUUCCAUUUAGCACCCUUAAUAUUUCAUACAUUUACAUAUUCAGGAGACAAAACGUCCUUAUUGACACCAGCUGACAGAGAUCACGGAUACAGUUACCUCAUUGUCCAUAUUAAUCUGUUGUUUUGAGGUCCACUGAUUCAAGUGAUUAUUUGUACGAAAGAGGGAAUCUUCAUUCACUAUGAAAGUUUUUAUUUUCAUGCACUUUUUUUUAUAUUGUUUGUGUUUUCUCUGCAUUUAUUUUAUUUUUUAAAACGUAAUGGGAGAACCUCAGACAUGAAAUGAAAUGAAAUCUUAAACAUUGUUCGGGUUUGAAUGUGUGUGUGCGUGUUUUUGUGAAAUGUGUUAAGAAUAAAGGAAUGAUCUCAAGCUCACAAUGUUCCCUUUAUCUCCUUGUGAUGUUAUUAUAUCUGGCAUGCAGCUUAUUUCUUUGGAUUCUCUCUCACACACACACUUUCUCUCUCUCUCUCUCACUCACUCAUUCGCUCUUAUUACUCUUGCUGUCACCUUUUUGCAUCCUUCCUCUCUUCUCCAUUAUCACUAUGGAAACAAUGUUUACUGGAAGAGCAGUCUGGGAUCCCCUGAGGCAAAAAAAAAAAAAAAGGUUCAUGACAAACACACACACCCCACGGUCAAACAUGCACUCAGUGGUUAUUAUGAACACACGCAUACACGUUUUCACACCUCGAGUUGAGAUGCUUUUAAAUGGAGCACACAUUACUUCCGUUAAAGCAGUGGACAUGAUGGGGUGAUGGAAUUCAUUGAGUCCUCUGGAUGUUGUCGUUGUACAGUUGUUGUCAUGUGGGCUUUUCACCUUUGAAAUUUAGCAAGUGUCCAUGGUGCUCCUUGGUUCACACCUAAGUAAUUUAUCUUCAGGUUCGUCGUCAGGUUUUGACAUUACACAACGUACAUUUGUCAACGUCCUUGUUCGCAUAUUUAUCAGAUUAAUAACUCUGCUUGGAGAAAUACAGCGCGCGAGGAGCACGCGAACCUGUUCGUCUAUCAUUGGAAAUGUCGCUAUAAGUAAAUCCGUCUUGAAUCUUCUUAAAUAUAGUCCAAAAAUAAUGCUGUCUAUCUUCACCACUGUUUCACAAAGGGUUAUCUCGGACGCUAA